AUGGCGAAUGAUGUGAAGGUAUGUGAUGAACAUGCCUGUAACAAAUAUGAUAUUAUCUGUCGAUUAUUUAAUUAUUUUCUAUAUGUUACAAAAGUUUCAGCUAUUUAUUUUCCAUGUUUAGCUGCUUUUGAUCAAUAUGCAAGUACAAAUCGUAAUGCACUCUUUCGAAAUCGUUGGCAUAAUAUGAAAGUAGUUCGAUUUGCUAUUUGUGGAUCAAUUCUUUUCUGGUCAAUCUUAUAUCUACCAGUUCUAAUUGUUGGUAAUACAAAUAAUGGUUGUGCUAUCACAAAUUAUAAUGUAAGAAUAAUGCUUAAUUAUAUCACAGUACCAUUAUUUUUCUUUGUUGUCCCAAUAUUUUUGAUUAUAUUUAGUCUUCGAGGUAUUGUACGAAAUCUUCGUGGUCUAAUGCAUAAUAAUCAACAAGAUCGAUUUGAAAAACACAUUCGUCGAAUGUUAAUUGCUCAAUUAGUUGUUCUUGCUGUUUCUGGAUUUCCUUUUGCAUUAGAUUCAGCUUAUCUUGAAGCAGCAGCUACAUUACCAAAAAGAACGCUUGGUUAUAAUAGAAUUAUGCCUGUUUCAACGACUGGUGGCAUUCAAAUUGUAGUACCAAAACUUCAUUCUACUAAACCAGCUUAA